AUGCCAGCUUGCCAACCAAGCUGUACGCAACAGCAGCAGCCCCAGAUUAUCGUUGUACAGCCACAACAGCAGCAGUGCGCUCCAGCUUGUAUGCCCUCUUGCCAACCUCAGUGUAUUCAAAUGGCCUGUGCUCCGGCAUGUCAGCCAAUGUGUGCACCCCAAUGCGUACAACAACAGACUCCUCAGAUCAUCGUCGUACAGCCGGAGCCCCAACAGCAGUGCGCUCCAGCCUGUAUGCCUGCUUGCCAACCACAAUGUAUUGAGCAACAACAGCAGCAGAUCAUCAUCGUUCAACAACCACAGCAACAGCAACAGUGUGCUUCAUCAUGUAUGCCUGCUUGCCAGCCACAGUGUAUACAAGCCUCUUGUGGCUCCAACUGUAAUCAGCAACCUCAGCAGAUCAUCGUAGUCCAGCAGCAGCCUUCUCAACCCCAAUGCGCCCCAGCAUGUAUGCCAGCUUGCCAGCAAUCAUGUGUAGAACAACAACAACAGCAGAUCAUCGUAGUUCAACAGCCGCCCCAACAGCAAUGCGUUCAGUCGUGCAUGCCCUCAUGCCAACCUUCUUGUGUACAGCAGGCCUGUACCCCAGCCUGUCAACCAAUGUGCUCUUCUCAAUGUGUCGAGCAACAACAGCAGCAGAUUAUCGUCGUCCAGCAGCCACCUCAGCCUUCUUGCGCACCCGUCUGUCAGCCUAGCUGCGCUCCACAAUGUGUACAGCAACAGCAGAUCUGCGCUGCAGCUUGUGAGCCCAGUUGUCAGAGCUCCUGCAGUUCCAACGCGCAAUGCGUUCAAGCUUGUCUUCCCAGCUGUGAAUCCUCCUGCGUCCAACAGUCUAAUCCUGUCGUUGUGGUACAACAAGCCCAGAACAAUUGCCCAGCUCCUUGUCAACCGUCUUGCACUCCUCAGUGCAUUCAACAAGAGCAAGUUUGCGCAUCUGCUUGUCAGCCCUCAUGCCAAAGCUCGUGCGGUGGCAACACUCAGUGUGUGCAAGCUUGUAUGCCGAGUUGCCAGGCAUCCUGCACCCAACAAUCCCUACAACCUCAGCAGGUGAUCGUCGUACAGGCACAACCACAACAGCAACAGUGCGCGCCAGCCUGCCAGCCUUCAUGCCAACCCCAGUGUGUGCAGCAGCAGCAGGUCUGUGUUCAAGCUUGUCUUCCAAGCUGUCAGAAUGCAUGCAGUGGAAAUACGCAGUGUGCGCAAACCUGCCAAAGCAGUUGCGAGCAGUCUUGCGCUACGCAGCAAGUCGUUGUUGUUCAGGCUCAACCAAUUUGCGGACAAGCUUGUCAG